UCACUUAUUGUGUGAGAGCGAUCAGUUGACGAAGUGUGCUCAAAUUUGUAUAGAUAUUAUAUGGUCACUGGAGAGAAAAAAGGACAUUGAAAAAAAGGCUCCGGGAUGGAGCGGGUUUUUGUUUUAUUGAGCGUUCUGCUUGUAACAGUGCACGCAGUUCCGAUAGAAUUGUCAGCUGACAGAGAAGCUAGGAGCUGUUCAAGAACAUGUACAGGAAGUAACAAGUUCAACUAUGUACCUGGGAAGACAUACAACUACAAGUAUGAGUCAGACAUCAAGACACAGGUUCAGGGAGCAUCUGAUGACCACGCCUCCCUACAUCUCUCAGCCGUAGUGCAACUAGAAAUCCUUUCCAAAUGUGAAAUAUCCAUGAAGCUGAGUGAUGUCACAUUGACGGAAUACGAUCCGCUUGGCGCCACAAUGAAGGAAGUAGUGUCAGAUUUUAAGGCUGGACUGGAGAAGUUCCCAGUGAGGAUCUCAUACCAGGAUGGUGGCAUAGAGGAAAUAUGCCUCUCUGGUGUUGAACCAACAUGGGUGUUGAAUGCCAAGCGUGGAAUUGUCUCCCUUAUCCAGAAUAACAUGGAUGAUUUUGCGAAAAAUCAUACUGUUUCAGAGACGGAUGUGUCUGGAGUGUGUGAAACAGAGUAUUUUGUGCGGGAGUCUGGCUGGUACACAACUUCUAUAGGAAAGUCAAAGAACUUGCUUGGCUGUACAGACAGGCAUGGCUACAAUACUGCCAUCCAGGGAGUGCCGUACACUGCAGAAUCUGAUAUCCAGUCUCUGCCAUUGUUGAAGAGUGAUCAUAACUGUGUACAUGAGGUCGACAAGCAGUCUGGCUUCCUGAAGACCGUUAAGUGCACGGAACAACACAUGUUCCGCCCGUUCUCCCAGGCCAGCAGUGGGGCAAUCACAACCACCUCGCUGUCACUGACCUACUUAAGUGCAACCACUGGAACAAAGCCACCAGCACCAAUUAAAACAAGAGUUUCACUGAAGUUUGAUCAUGUACAUGAUUUAGAAGGGGAGGGCAGGAGUCGUAAGGAUAUUACACGUAAACUGAUGGAAAUCUGCGAGAAGACAAAGUCCGGAGUUCGCCCUGAAACACCCAAACUGUUCACUGACCUUGUUUAUAUGAUGAAAUCAGCUGACAUUGAUACCCUAACAGAUAUUAACAAAAUGUUGACCGAGGGAACAUUGUGCCCAGACAAUGUGUUCAGAACUAGGAAGUACUUUUUAGAUGCUAUACCGAUGGCUGGUACGAGUGCCUCCCUGCGCAUGAUAACUGAGCUCAUAACCAGCAAUAUUAUCACUGGUGUUGAGGCAGACAUGUGGCUUACAACCCUCUCUUUUAUCAAGAAUCCAACGAUAGACAUGCUCAAAGCGGUCAAGCCACUGAUCAAUGCGCCAGACACUUCCGAGAAAGCCUUAUUAUCAGUAGGAACUUUGGUACACAGUUAUUGUCUUCACCAUGGUAACUGCGAUAAUGAUGACAUGGUCAAAGCUAUUGUCUCUGCAUUUACAAACAAGAUGUCUAAGGGCUGCAAGGUUAAAGACAACAACAUGAAAACAACACUGCUGGCUCUGAGAGGUAUUGGAAAUAUUGGGUAUGCAAAGCGUGCCAUACCAACGCUAACAGUGUGUAUGAAAUUGAAAUCAAACCCGGUAGAGAUCAGACUGUCAGCCAUAGAAGCCUUUAGACGGAUGCCUUGUGACUCAGAUAGAGUUGCCCUGAUGGCUAUCCUCCAGGAUACAGAUGAGGACUCUGAAAUAAGGAUAGCUGCUUAUAGAGUACUAAUGGAAUGCCCCUCAGACAAGAUCUUAGGUGUGGUAAGAAAUACAUUGGCAAGAGAAGAAGUGAAUCAGGUGGGAUCCUACAUUUGGACACAUCUGACAAAUCUGAUGGAAACUUCAGACCGCCACAAACAGGACAUCCGUGCUCUCCUUGAAGAUGAAACAUUCAAGAAAGAGUUUGAUCUUGACAAGAGGAAGUUCUCCAGAAACUACGAGGGCUCAGUUUUCAUUGAAAGGCUUAAUACCGGUGCCAAAGCUGAAGGAGAUCUUAUCUGGUCAUCAAAGUCAUUUAUCCCGCGCUCUGGAAUGAUGAACCUCACUUUUGACCUCUUCGGACAUUCUGUAAACCUUUUUGAAAUCGGAGGACGGGCUGAAGGGCUUGAAUACUUCCUGGAAUCAUUCUUUGGGCCAAACGGUUACUUUGGAAACCCUGAAGCAGAGAAAAGCUCUAAUGAGAUUGUACCCAAAAAUAUUCGAGGGGACAAGAUGAAGAAAAUUGAAAAAAGAUUCACAGCCCAGCUAGAUGAUCUUCGUGGUUCACUGUACAUGAGAGUGUUUGGUAAUGAACUACGUUACAUGAACUUCAAGGGAAUUGAUUCGUUACUGUCUGGACCUGAAUUCAACAUGUUGGACAUGCUUAUACAGCUAUCUGAAGAUAAUGACUACACGUACACUCACUCUGCCAUGUUUCUAGAUAGUAGUUAUAUUGUUCCGACGUGCUCUGGGUUCCCUCUCAACCUCACAGUGAACGGUACAGCCACAGUGGAUCUGCGAAUGAAAGGUAAAAUGGACCUGCGACAUCCUCCAACAUUAGAUAUUGCUGGACGUAUUCAACCAAGUGCUGCAGUUGAUAUAUCAUCAAUGAUGAGUGUGGAUGCAUUCGUUACAAAGUCUGGAAUCAAAAUGGUGUCAACUCUCCAUACAAGUACCGCACUAGAGGGCAAACUUAGCAUUGAUUCGAAAGGUUCAAUUACAACUGAAUAUGAAAUGCCAGAACCAAGGAUGGAAAUCAUUGACAUCAAGUCUUCAUUUUUCACCGUACACCGAGAUAUAGAACGUGAACAGAAGAUGAUCACGGAGAAUCGUCAGUCACUCUCAUACUGCUCACCGGAGAAAGUUGUAACUGUGACGGGGCUUGAACUCUGUGCUGAGGUUGAAUACCCGAAUGCCAGUAUGAAGGCUGAUGCCCCAUACUUCCCAAUGACGGGACCUGUCAGUGCUGGUGUAUAUCUCUACAACAGGGAUACACAUGUUAAAUACAGAAUGGAGGCAAAAUCUAUACAUAACAAGGCCAAAAACAUUGUCCAUUUCACAUUUAACACCCCUGACUCACGUAUUGACAGACAUGUGGAAGUUGACUUCAGCUUGAACAAAGUUGAUCUUACCCUUGAUGCUACACUAACAUCACCAUGGAAAAAGGCCAACGUUCAAGGUACCAUUAUAAAUACAAAACAGGCAUCUAGUAUUAGCGGCAAAAUGAACAUUGACGGAAAAUCUCCCUACUCCUUUGAUGCUAAAUUGGCCAAGGAUAUAAGCGGCAAUUCAUACAUCUUUAAACCAUCGAUAGAUAUUCAAGCCAACAGAAAGGCACUUGCAUCAAUGAAAGGAAUGCUAAGCCUAAAUAAGAACUGGAAACAACUUGACGUUCAAUUAGAUUCAGAUGGAACAAUCACAGGGCCUUUCUCCGCACAACUCUCUGUUCAUAACAAGGAUAAACUGAUGGGUGUUCAGGGAAGCAUGGGCAUAGCAAAGAACAAACAGUACUCAUUUGAUGUAAACCUUGCAACAACGGCUUAUAAGAAGAAGAUACUGUAUAAACCCCUGUUCUCUAUUCGAACACCAGCCGCGGAAGUCGUGGCAUUCGGUGGAGGAGUGACUCAUGUCUUUGGGAAAGGACUGGAUAUAAAUCUCGUGCUUGACAAAGUUGUUUCCAAGAAAAUUACUCUUAUAGGCAAACUGAAUAAGGUUGUAAAGAGACGUAGGUCAAUAUAUAACACCAAGCUGGAUUUCCGCUCAAGUCCAGCAGACUUCUUACUGAAAGCCAAGUUUGACAAGAGGAGUGCCGGCACAGUAGCGAGCGACAUUGACUUCACCUAUGUGAUCAGGCGUAUUGCAAGAAACAAUAUAAAACUGGUUUCUAAAAUCACGAACCAAAGUAGCAAGUCUCUCACCAAGGCUAAAGCAGCCAUAAACUUUGCAGUCAAACGUAAUCCAGAGUUCAAUAUGAAAAUCCUCAGUGAUUUAAGUCACAACAAAAAGCACACCGAGAUUAAUGGGGAUAUCUGGUAUGGAGCAGACUUUAAAAACGAUGACAAACAUAUUGACAUGAGACUUGAAAUGAACAGAAACCUGAAGAGUUUGAUGGCAGCAUCGGCAGAUAUACAAACUAGAGUUAGGGUCCCCGAACUUGAUUUUGUUCUUAUGAUGAAAGGAGCACACAGCCAUGAUGAGAAAAAUGUGAACUCAAACUUUACUUUUAAAUUUGGCAAAGGACAACCUAUUGAAACAAGUCUGACAAUCCACGAUAACACUGGCAAAUUAAUAAAAAUUGAUGCAGAAUAUAUACUCAGCAUGCCAGGGUAUAAUUUAGACCUUGAACAUGCUUUGGAGCAGACAGUGGAUAACAGGUAUAUAAGUUCUUUGAAAACCCAAAUAAAGAAAGGGCAACAGAACGUAAUCAUAACAACCAUCACACCAAAGACAAGGAAAAUAGCAUUCAGUUCUGACAUCAAAUUCUUUGAUCAAAGCCCGGCCAAUCUGAGAGGAGAGUUUGGCCUGGAGCCAACUCAUUUCGUCACUAGUCUGUCUUUUGAAAAAGAAUCAACGAAGUACGCAGGAUCUCUGUCUUCUGUCACAGAAAUUGGAAAAUCCUCCUGGUUGACUCUUGACAUCUUUCAUCCGGACAGACACAUGGUCAUGUCUCUCAAAGGUAAAACCAACAAUGACCUUAUUUCCGGAGAUGCUGAAUUACAGUGGAACACCAACGAAAAGGUAGCAUUGAAAACCUGGUUUGAAAAACCAACACCAGAAAAAAUAAAUGGCUCAGUCACAAUAAGCUAUCCUACCAGGACGUUGAUUCUUAACGCUCAUCAUACAGAAGGAUUGAAAUACUCGAGCCAUGUAGAUUUCCAAUGGGACCCAGCUAUGAAAGUGUCAGCAGACACAGUCCUUGACGUAGCCGUCGACACUAUCAUUGGAAGCGCUAAAGUGACUACACCUUUCAAUAGAAUGCCAAGACUUGCGCUCGAGACAAAACUUAGCCACGACAAUGAACAAUACAAUGCAGAUGCCAGCGUGUCUUGGGAAGAUUCAAAUAAGGUUUUUAUAAAAUCAGAGCUUAAAAAGCCAAUCAAUUUUAGGACGCUUGUUGGCUCCCUUUCAAUAAAAUCUUCUAGAGCACUGUAUGGUUUGAAAAGCGUUAGUCUGGAUGUCAACCACAAGCUAAGCAAUUCUCUGGCCUCCGAAGUACGAUUUGGUUGGAACAGACAGUUUAUACAAACAACAGCUGUGCUACAGAACACAACAAAAGGUAAAAAAGUGGGAUUUGAUGGCUCGCUUGAUCUGAAAACAUCUUAUCAGUAUAUUAAAAAGGGUAAAUUUAUCAUUUCGCACGAUAAUAAUGGUAAAAACUUUAAUACUGAUGUCAACAUCAUCAGGAACAGAAAAUCCUACAAAAUGGUUUCAAAGAUUACCCAUCAACCAUCUGAAGAUACAUACGAAAACACGGGUUCCGUCUCCAUCAGUUCACCCAACGGAAAUGUGGAUACUACAUGGAAUCACAAGCAUUCAGCAGUAGACGUUGCUACAUUAUUGACAUCUUCAUGGGGAAAGAAUAAAAACAAAAUGAUCACAGGAAGAUUUAAUAGUCAUUUUGACGAUGGAUUUUCUGCUACAUUUGAACUUCAAUCACCAUUCAAAGCUGUACAAGAUACAUCAUUCAAAGCUACCUACAUGAGAGAAGACGGUAGUUUGGAUAGUAAACUCGAUUUAAGUGUUAAUGGUAACAAAUUUGGAACAGCAGAAAUUGGAUAUUCCGCUACAGACGAUAAAUAUUCCGCCGGUCUCGUAGUCAUAAUACCAGAUCUCAAUGUUGACACGAAAGUAGAAGCUGAGGCAGCUAAUCCAGAGAACAGAAUGGCUCUGGCUUCAAUUAAGGCUGCUAUAACUCCUGAAAUUACAAUGAGUAUUGAAGGCACACAGAAGGUUUUCAAAUCUGGCUCUUUGGCCCACACACAGCUGCUGUGGAAAUCCUCGUUCCCUGGAUACGAACAAGUCCAAUACUCGUAUGAAGUUUUAGCAGAUGAUAACCUUGCUACCAUCACUACACUGCAAUAUAGCAAAGACAAACAAAUAAAACUGGAGUCCAAAUUUGCGUUCACGCGAACUGAAAAGCAGUUUUCUGCCGUUCUUACUACCCCAUAUAAGUCAAUGCCAAAGCUGCAAGGUGGAUUUAGCUUCCUGGGUGAUUUAGGUUCGUUCACAAGUGAUGCUUUCAUAGAAAUACAGCCCUUGUUCGACAAAACAUCAGCUCAGCUAUCUUGGAAUACAAAGUCCGGAUUGAUAUCCAGUCUAAGAAUUGACUUGCCUGUCGCUGAAUAUCCGUACUUCAAAGCUGAUGUUAAAGGUAUUUUCAGUUCACCAUCUUCAGAUAUAAAUCUAAAGGUUGAAUAUAUGCCAGAUAAAAUUAUUCAGCUUGAAUUAACUCAUAAUCUAAUUGAUACAGCUUUAACACUUUCGGCUAAAGCAGCUUCGCCAUUUGGAACAGUUUCAGUGCAGCAUGCUGGUAAUCCGCAUGAUUUUACAUGUAAAUUAACACUAGAAGACUCACAGAUGGACAACUAUGGUAUAGAUGUCGGAUUUACCAGUGUUGCAAAAACAAAAGGUGCAAUGACAAUUUCCUUACCUCGAAGAAGAGAUAUCACGAUCCUGUUUACUCACGCAGGUGAUGUUAUGGAUUUCAAUACACAUGCUGAAGUUCAGCAUAACAGGAUGAAUUCGUUUGUAUCAGAUUUGAGCUUUUCAGCAAAUGAUAAAGUUAAACUGUCACUUAGUGGCUCUCUGAGGACUCAAGUUAUCUCCGACACUGAAGAGUAUGAAGCAGUCUUUAGAUACGACGGUAUUCCUUUGAAAUUUAGCACGCAUGGAGAAUUUUCAACUACAAGUUUAGGAAAGUCACAAGCGGAUGUUAAUUUCGACAUGAUCACUAAUACGGAAGGGAACUUUGUAAUAAAGUCCCCUUUAAUAAAAAACAUAAAAUCAUCUUUUAAUAUUUUCCAGCGAGAUCAUUAUAUUGAAACCAAUGUUGAUAUCAUUCAUGGUGGAAGAAAAAUUGUAAACAUGCAAGCAAGUCUGAAUAAACUUGACAAUGUAAUUGGUGAAAUGAAAUUGAAAACACCAUUUUUUGAGGAUAUUGCAUUUAUGACCAGAUUUGAUGGGGAAAUUAAAAGUUUUGUGAUCAGGUCGGAGGGAGCAUAUGGUACUAACAAGGCUGAUAUAGAUUUGUCUUCCAAGAUUGAUACCAAACUGCUACAACAGAAAAUCAGUCUAAGUGUUACAGGCAUGGAUGACAUUUCUGCAGAAAUAAAUCAUAAUGGUGACCUUUCACAACUGAAGUCCUACGGAGAACUUAAUUUUGGCCAAAACAGACAUAGGACAGAUAUUAUUUUCAGUAACAGUAAGACUACAGAAGGAAGCUUUUCUCUAGAGUCACCGCUUAUUAAGCCAAUCGCUGCCAGUUUCCAGAUCAGUGGACGUCUUCAUGAUUCUAGAUCGCAUGCUGAAUUUACAAUUGGCUCGGAUAUCAGUGCAGCCGAUAUGUCUUACAGUUACAAAUCAAGUCAAGAUGCUUCUUUAGAUAUAAAUGUUAGAAGCCCUUUCAUACACGACGUUUCAGUAAGUUUAAGUAACACGAAAAGAGAACAAGGGGCGGUAAAUUCGAAAGGACGUCUUUCUAUUGAAGGCAUGGCUGACUUUGAUCUUACAUUUUCAUUAGCAAGAAGACCAUUUGCUGUUGAACUAGCAUUAAAUACACCGUUGGAAAAUUUUACUAACUUUGAAACAUCAUUGUCUAUGAAACAUUUGAGUGAAGAUAGCAAGGCUUUCCAUUUUGACUACACUUUCAAUGAAAAGAAAUCUGAAGUGGAUGCGACAUAUAGCCAAGUUGGUAAAUACGUAGGUCAGUUGUCAAUAAAAUCACAUCUAACUCCAGAUAGCUCUGUUAGUUUUGAACAUGAGGGUAAAUUUAACAAUUUUAGAGGCCACGCUGAAUAUAACAUCGGUAGCAAAAAGUCAGAAAUCGAUAUUUUCUACAGUGGUCUGUCAAGACACGAAGGGUUGAUGACCAUUAAGUCGCAUUUAACACCAGACUUGUCCAUUGGUUUUGAGCAUGACGGAACUCUGAACAAUUUCAAAAGUCAUGGCGAAUAUAGCAUUGGAUUUGACAAGAGGGAGGUCGACGUUAGUGUUAAUGUAGAAAAUGACAUUGACAUCAAUAUACAGUACAAAUGCCCAGCUCAUGGUGUAUCUACAGCUGCAUUUAUGCACUCAGGCAUGCUGACAGACUUUAAAUGCCAUGCUGAAAUUACAAGAAGCGCUGAGAAAUGGGAAGGCGAUUUGUCUUUUACUUCAAACAACAAAAACAUUCAGGGUCAGUUAAAUCUUAAACCAUCUUAUUCAUCCGAGCUCGAGCCUCUGAAGAUAUCUUUUGAGCAAACUUUAGAACUAACUAACUUCAAAUCUCACAGCCAAUUUAUGCUAGGUGAAGACAAGACAACAAACGUAAUAACAAUGCUACUUUCGGAGCGAGUUGUUUCAGCCACUUUUAGGACGACAUCACCGUAUUAUACGGAUGUAUCAGCUAAUUUUAGAUCGGAGGGAGAACCUAAGAAUUUCAAUUUAAACGCUGACUUCGUAUUUGGAUCAGAUCAAAUGGAUACUGAUUUUGCAUUUGAAAUAACAAACACUUCUGUUGGCUCAUCAUUUAGCCUUAAGUCUUCGCUGUGUAAAGACAUUGUAGGGAGUUUCAACCUGCAAGGUAAACAGGCUGACUUCUCAUCAGAUAUAAACAUUAAUAUCGACAACAAUGAAAACACUGGACAUAUCAGUUUUAAACAUACUGGUCAAGAAGUAGCCUCUUCACUUGACAUCAAGUCAGCUUAUAUGGAUGAUAUCAGUUUGAAUUUACAUCACAGUGGUGCACUUGAAAAAUUCACAACACAGUACGACACGACCAUUGCCGGAAAGAAAAACAAAGCACUAGUAGCUCUGAAUCUAAGGGACAACGUAAGUGGUAAACUUUCGAUAGAUCAGCCGAAGUUUUCGGUUGAGGGUUCUUUGAAAGAGGGAGUUAUGAGUGCCUCACUGUCAAAGAAUUUGGAUCAGUACACUGCCGCGUUCAGUUAUUCAUUGAAAGACAAAUUUCUUUUUGACGGUAAAAUUACCUCCCCAUGUGACGGUUACAGGACUAUAAGUGCAUCCUUUGAGCACAGCGGUAGUCUGAGGAACUUUAAAUGUACUGGAAAAUGUGUCAUUGAAGGCGAGGAGAGUGCUUUCAACUUUCGAAUGAAUACAGAGGACUUGUCAGAUUUAGAUGGUAGUUUCGACGUUUCGUCGCCAUAUUUAUUACCCAUUGAUUUUAAAAUCAAUAAUGUCAUUAAUUCAGGAAAAUACAUUUCUAACAUUGAAUUUAAUAGAGAUAAUCAGAUGAUAUAUGGAUUCUUUGCUUCGUUAAAUGAUAAGAGGAAAGGCAUAAAUCAAGGAAAUAUAGAACUGUUUGUAAAUGGAAUAAAACACAAAAUCGUUGAUGUUUCAGCAUCUCCUUCAGGAUUUAGAUUUUCCUCAGAAGUCUUUACUGAUAGUAAUAGCAACAAAAUGGAGAUUACAUUUUCACAUGAUCCAAAACUGUUUGGAAGUUUCUCAGUCAUGUCUCAAUAUUUCCCACAGAUACAGGCAAGCAUAGACUUUGAAGGAAAUCGGUCAAACUUCGUUGGCAGCUCGGAUUUCAUUGUCGACGGUGAAAAGAAAGGUCACAUCAGAGUUUCAUUUAACACUGAUGAUAAAACUGCUGCAACAUUCACAAUGGAAUUGCCAGUAAUUAAUUGCAAAGAACUGAGUGGAGAAUUCACUUUUAUUCCAGGAGACAGUGCAUUCAAAUUGGAGUCUAAAAUGACAAGAGAAUUCCGCAAUUUAUUUGAGUUGGAAUUAGACAUUGACACUAAAACCAAUUAUCAUAUCAACUUUGCACUAGAAUCUAAGGAACCUCAUCCUCUAUCCGCAAAAUUGUACUUUACAAAUGCCAAUCAGGUCCUGAAGAUUAAUUGGGAGUUGAUUCAUGCAUCUCAGAAUCUUGUAAGUGGAAAUGUAGAUUUAACGAUAAAGAAAGAACCCGUAUAUGUUCAUGGAACCACUUCUGUCAAAACACAAAACUUAGAAAAUUCUCUAAACAUUCACAUUGAACCUGAUACAAAAGGCUAUAAAAUAGAGGCAUCAUUUAAACGGAAUGAAGACACUUGGUCAGUAUUUACCCGUUUUGAUGCACAAAAGGACAUGGAUGCUGAAGUUAGUCUUGAAAUACCGAGGAUGGAAAAGAUCAGAGGGACAUUUACCCACACCCAACGUACAUACAGAAGCAAAACUAAUGCAAAGUUUAGGUUUAAUGCAACUCGCAUCGUUGAGUAUGAUAUGGACUUGAGAUGGAGAAAUGGGUUAGAUGGUAUUAUUUCAGUGACAACACCUUUCGAGGGUUUGGAAAAAACAAAAUUGAAAAUAGAACAUGAAGGUUCAUUCCCAAGUAUUAAGUCAUCUGUUGAGCUUAAAAUAGCAGAGAAAGUGAUUGGAGCUUCAGCAACCAUUUCAGGAACGGAUUCUACAAAAGCCGAAUUCACUUUGACUACACCAUAUGAACAAAUUGAAAACCUCGCAUUGAGCAUUUACCAUGAUGGAGAGCUAUCAAACUUCAGGACUGGUGGAAGAUUUACGUAUGCCACUGGAGAGGACAUUGAAUUAGAUGUAGACCAUAUGUGGAUCGGUAUGACUCAGCAGACUAAAGCACGGUUUAUGUCUCCGUACACUGACGAAGUUGUAGUUAGUGCAAAUCAUAGUGGCACAAUAGCCGACUUCUCAAGUGCUUACGAAUUGGUAUUGGGUACAGAUUUGAAGUAUAUGUCAAAGACAUCUCUGAAGACAGGAAUUCAGUUCCUUACAUUCUCUAAUGUAAUUUUCGCAACAAUGAGUGGGGAAACUUAUGAACAAAAAAUAGAACUGAAGCAUGAUGGUAAUAUUGAAAAAUUCAAAACUGAAGCCUUCUUUCAGUUUCAAGACAACAUGUACCGUGCAGAUACGUCGUUUCAGCUUGAUCCAGUCAUAGAAGGAUCGAUUGAACUUGUAACACCCUUCAAAGCAUUUAAAGACAUUAAAGCUUCUUUCACGCACAGUGGAAGUUCUAGUGGAAUUCUAACAACAGGUGAGGUUCAGUUUGCACCAUUGAAAAAAAUAAGCGGGAAGGUUGACGUGAUGCAGUAUGGCUGGAGACGUAUGGUAACAAAUAUUGAACUUAGGACCCCAUUUAAAAACAUGAAAGUAAACAAGGUAUCAUACCAGCAUUCCGGUGACUCAGACAGCUUCCAGUGCGACUUGGAUUCUUUGAUUAUGGGACAAGAGGUCACAGGAACACUGGCUGCAUCAAUGGAUCCACUCAGUAUGAACUUGGACCUAAAAACACCAUUGAAAGGGUAUGAAACAAUUGGCUUAAAUGGAAAUUUCCUGUCAAAUAAGAAGAAUCAGUUUAGUAACAGAAUGCAGGUAAAAUGGAAUCCAACCAACCAAAUCAUCAUUGAGGGAAAAUUAGGGACAGCCGGUCCUAUUGAUGGAGAAAUAUCAAUUAUGACACCCUUUACACCAAUAAGAGAAGCAUCAGUUGUGAUAUCUCAAAAGUAUCUUGCAAAAGGUUACCUUGAAAGCUUGAAAAUAACCCACAAUAGUAAAAGUAUGAUUGAUGUUGACGUAGACCACAGUCUGUUCUCGGACCAUAAACACAUUCUUGUAACAUCGCGUGCUCCAAAAUCUAUGAAGUUUGAAUUGGAUGGUGAAUUUACUUUGCCUUAUGUCGAUUUUGAUCUCGAGGCAAACUGGAAUACAGAAGACAUUAAUAGUAAUCUUAGGACAGAAGCUGCAUAUGAUGUAAGAUCCAAGAAGAAAACUGCUAGCUUUAAGUUUGCACAGCCCGGGAAAAUUCUUUCUUUUACUUCAUUGUUGAAUGGUAAACACAGUAAAGCUGAUCUGGCUUGGGGUUUGAGACCAGAGGACAAAGUAGGAUAUGAAAUCACUACUGGCGACUAUGAUGGUACCUUAAAACUGAUUUUACCUACUCGCAGUCUUGUAUUUGCUGGUUCCCAUAGAGGACAGAUCACUGAGGGUUCAUUCAUGUGGGACGCUGACGUUGAUGAAACCAGGAAGGUUGGGUUUAGUUCCCGCACAGUGUCAGCUAGCGAUGUUGUCAAUGCGUACAUAACAAUUAUGAUGCCAAGUCUCGGAAAGAAUAUAAAAGUUGGAUCUGAAAUCUCUGUACAUCAAGGCCGAGUGAUCUUUGAUGGUAAAACUGUUCUAUCUUACUCUGGUGAUUCUAGAAAAAAUCUCGUGUUUACAUCAAAACUUGAAGAUAUCUCUACAGGCGGAAGUCAAAACUACAGUUUCAGUUUUGGAGUAAGCCAUCCCUAUACUACGUUAGGUGUAACAGUGAACACACACGCCGGUAAGUCCAAAAGAGGAUACUCAGCAGGGGUUGGUUUAGAGUACCUUACAGUGAAGAGACAGACCAAAAAGUUCCAGAUUGGUGCUAGAAUUGACAAACUGAUGAAGACAAUAAGUUUCGAGCUUCAAAGUCCUAUAAAAUCAGUUAGUAUAUCUGGGAGCGCUCAGACUGAUGACAAGUUCCGUUUGUCACUUUUGAACAUCUAUGAUCAGAGGCAACCAUUGAGCACAACGUUCACUUUUGAUUCUACUGCACGAUCCAUUGACUUUGUCACACAUUACGAUUUAGACAAUCCAAGAAGAGAGUUCCAUCUGAGUGCAAAGUAUGUAAACAGUUCUGCCAUAGCAGCAGAAAUGUAUCAUAUUGUAAAUAGGGACAGAGUGACAGAUGUUCUGAUAACAGCACGACUUAACAGCUCGCACCUUCUUCACAGUAGACUUCACUGGAGACCUGAGACGGUUAAAGAUCUUGAGGCGUUCAUGGAAAGAAAGAAGCAGGAUUACAACAGACGUCUCCGUCUAACUGCUUCUAGAAUCGAGCCAGAAAUUGCUGAAGAAGUGACAGAGAAGUUCCGCAUGAUGUGGGAUAUGGUUGAGAAGGAGAUUGGGGUAGAAAACAUCGCGUCGUUUGAAGCUGCUGUUGUACCAUUUCUGGAUCUUGGACUUCAGACCACCAUUGCUAUGUCACAGCCAGUUCUGCAACAAAUAAAUGAAAUUUUGUCGAAGUCAAGAAAUAGCAAGGAUAUCAUUUCCCAGUAUCCGGUUGGAACAUUAGGUACAGAACUCGCAACGGAAACAUGGGACACUGAACGACUUGAAUCCCUCAAACAGAUGAUCUCCGACAACUUCAAUAUGGUUUCCGACCAGAUGAAACUGCCAGCGAAACAUAUUCCCGGCUAUGUAAGAAACGUCAUGACAGACGCUCUUAAUUACACUGCAGACAAGAUGCCAGCCGCUGUGUCGUCACAGAUAAGAGGUUUGACAACAAUCGGAUUGCUUGAUGCCAUGGAAUCCUUUAUUGGGGAUGAAAUACUGGCCGUUGAGAAAGAGGCAGAAAAGCAGUUGAGAAACAUUGAAGAUAUAAUCAUGGGUCAUAUCAAAUCUCCAUUCACUGUGUAUGACCCAGCUCACGGUGAGAUUCAGGUUGAACUAUACUCUCUGAUCCCGCUACAGUCCCUGGACAAGAUGCCUGUGAUUAACUUCCUCAAACACAUUGAGAAAAUAAGAGUUUUGGAGAGAUUGAUAGACUAUGUUCCAGAGGUGACCAUACCUGACAUCACCGCAGAAUGGGUCCCGCCAUUUACAGGUGUUGCAUCUGUUACACUUGGUCAUAAGAUCACCACAUUUGACGGCUACGUGUAUGACUUGAAUAACGAUUGUACCUACAUUCUCACUCGUGACUACACUGACGGCAAUUUCAGCCUUAUUCUAUCAAAUGAUGGUUACACCACUCUAACAGUUCUAUCAUCUGGAAAACCCAUCUCUAUCAAUAUGCAAGGAGAGGUCCUUGUCGGCGGUGAACUGGCAACUUUGCCUUUCACUGAAGGUUACGUCACAGUUACUCAGAGUGAUAAUGGCAUUGUUACCAUCAAGGGAGGUAAUCACUUCAAUGUAGAAUACGAUCUUACAGUUGAUCACAUGAAAAUCGAGCUCAGUGGUUGGUAUCAUGGCAGAACUGGUGGACUUCUUGGUAUCUAUGACAACGAGCCCUCAAAUGACAAAAUGACCUCUUUCAAUAAGGUGGUCGGCAACAGCUCUCGCUUUGCUAAAACAUGGGACGUUGGCACAAACAGUUGUCGUUGAUUAAUUGGAAAUAACGUUUGAUUUUGCAUAAUACCGUCGCAUAUAUGCAGAGUAAAAAUUGACCUGUUUAAUUGAAACAAUAGUUGUUUUAGAAAUGAUGUGAAUUAUAUUUAACAGCUAUAUUUGGUGUAAUUUUCACCUGACACAUGCUCAUCUUAUUUAUUCUACAUUUUCAUUCGCUGAUUACUUACACUUAGAGCUAAAAGCUUACUUAUGUCUGGCACUGCAUCUCCUUCUAACGUUACUGUGUCAUUGAGGCUUGCUAACUCAGGAAUUUCUUUUUCGAAUAAUAACUUCAUAGGAAGAUACAUUGCGUGCAUUCUGAGCGAAGACGCUGAAGUUUGAAACAACUAUUGUUUAGAGACUUUGUAGGUAUAUUUAUAUCGCCGGGUUCUCUUGUUAUUUAUUUCAUUUCUUUCUUAUUCUCCUGUUGCCUAUUUAACUACCAGCUUAAUUAUGUUUAGAACAUCAUGUUUGUGUAGAGACAUGUGUUUAUUGAUUCCGUUUUGUUAAAUCCCUUGUCUAAAAUUUACACAACAUAACUUUCUUUGUAAACAAAACUGUUUUAUUCGUUGUCCCAAUGUGAUCAUGUGCCACAUAUACAUGUCCUCUUUUAAUAUAUAUUAUUUGUGAUUGUUCCUUUGUGCCAAUAUAUGUAAAGUAGAUGCAAUAAAUUACUGUGAUAUUUAAUUACCUGAAGAUAGAACAGGUGCAGUCAAUGCAAUAAAUGAACUUUUUUUCUUGUUUAAGUGUAUUACGUAUGUCUAACUAAAUAAACUCGUGCAUUAUG